UGGCGAUGCGUUGGCGCUCAGUGCAAAACGAAGCACUGAAGGUGUCAGUUGGGUUCCCGACGGUUUAACUUUUAGCUCCCACAGCGAACGCAGUUCUCAGCGAUUUUGACGCAAAUUAUAAACGUCAGGUAAGAUUAUCCUGCUAAGCCGAUUCAUAAUACGCAACUGUUUAAACUGGGCCAUUUUUUGAUAACCAACUUUUGAUCCAAGGGCGUGGCAUUGAUAGCGAGCAACAGGAUGCUGGCACUGCCUCUGCUGACUCUGGCGGUCCUCGCCAGCUGCGGCUACACCGUGGACGCCUACUCCAGAUCGAGUCUGGGCCAGGGACCCGAGAACAACAUCUUUGCACCCGCCUCAUCGAACCCCACGCUUAACACCUACACGUACAACCAUCAGCAGGGUGGCGGCGAUGGCGGUGGCGAUGGCGGCCAUGGCCACGGCCACGGCCAUGGAAAUGGCCACGGAAACGGAAAUGGUAACGCCGGAAACGGAAAUGAUCGCGACAAGGGCGGCAACGCGGGGGCGGCGGGCGCCUCCUCGACGGGCGUAAUAGAUCCGCACUACGUGUUUGGGGCCAAGCACCACAUGCCCGUCAUACCGAACAUGCCCAUCUUCCCGUACAACUCGCCCACGUCGGCGCCUGCGUUCCAGCAGUUCCCUCAACCCAAUCAUCCAGGCAGCGUCCUCAAUCCCGGCUACCCCAUGCACGGCCUGCAGCCGGUGAAUCCGUACAAUCCGCCCUUCAUCUUUGGCCAGCUGCCAUUCUAUGGCGGCGGCGGGCCGACCGGAACUGGCGGUCCGCCAGGCGGCGUUGGAGGCGGCGGCGGUAAUGGCGGCGUCGGCGGCGGCGUCGGACUGCCCAGCUCGACGCUGGGCAUCCUUGGCGGCGGCGGCGGCGGCCUGGCGCCCUACGGCAGCAACUACCAGGGCUAUCAGGGCUACCAGAGCCAGCACUCCAACGCGAACAUGUACAACAAGCCGCCGCCGCAGUACCAGAACCAGAACCAACAGAACCCCUACAACCGGCGCACCCAGGCGCAUCCCUCGGCAGCCGGCAGUCUGGGCGGACUGGGGCUACCCCUCCUGAUCGUGGGUCUCCUCCUGGCCCUCCUGCCGCACACGUAAUAAGCUGCGGCCGAACCAGCAGCGAAUUGCGGCACACACAGAAUAGCCACAGAACACGACUCCCGACGACCCCUGGAAAUUAACCCAUCCCAUUUGUUCGGGAUAACCUUCAUGGAAUGAGCCCAUUUUCACUGAAUUGUUCUACUAACAAUAAUCACUUUCAACCGAUUUUUACAACUCACCAAAUUCGUAUUCGUAGCAUCAAAGGUGCUUUUAUUUUUGGAUAUACAAACUUCAAGUUUUAUUAAGCAUUUCAAUAUUAAAGUAAAAAUGGGAGAUCGCCUGAACGUUAUGCGUUACUUAUUAUUUUUUACCAUUUUAUUCUUAUUUUCCUUGAUAUUGGUUUGACUUUCUGUUCUGGCUUAGACUUAAGAAACACAUGUAAGAGCAGCAGCAGUUAGCUUGGCAUUUAAAAAUUGUACGACCUUUAAAAUGGUCGCUUACUUAUUACGCUUUUGGUACUAAGCCCACGCUGCGUAUGCGUAACUUACUAGGUACUUAAUUAUGGUUUCUUCUUGACAAGUCCGAGGCAAAAGCAUAUUUUGCAGUACAGGAGCUGUAGCUAUAUUUGUUCGAUAAGAAAAUACAUUUUGCUGGGCAUCAUUUGAAUCUUUUCGUAGCUUUGCACUACAAUUCAAAGGUUGUAUUUUAAUUACACUGUAAGCAGUAAGCCUUUGCCACCCCUCGUUCUACGUAUUUUGGCAUCUUUUUAUCGGCAGCCUUUGCUGUCUGGCCCACACUGCGAAUACGUAAUUUCAAUUUAAUAUUGUGCAAAAGAGUGUUCUCGUUAGUUUGUGUGUGUGUGCGAGUUCAUCAGUCAGGGGAAAGUGCAGCUCCCUGGGAACCGAACCGCUCUUUUUUGCAGCUCAAUUAAAUUGGAAUUUAAUUUCGGGCUUAGACAGCCAGCCUCUGGUCAGAGGGGGCGUGGCAAGUCUGACCACCACACACAGGACACACAUGCACACAUACACACGGACACACACAUACACAUAGACGGCAUGGUUGGGCAACUUUGAUGUUAAUUUCAUUUUUGUUGAUGCUACGAAUUUGCGGCCAGACACUGGCGGAUCCAGGGCUUUCGAUGAUGCUACUGCCACUGCCACUGCUGCUGCAGUCAGAAAUACAGAUACCGAUACAGAUACAGAUGCAGAUACAUUUAAAGAUACUUAGACGGAUAGUGUUGUAGAUACAAGAUACGCAUGUCAAUCAAAAUGCAUAAUGAGCUACAUUCGAGGGCAGAGCACCAAGUGCGCUGCGUGCAAACCAGAACCGAUUGUUUUUUGUUUUUUUUUUUUAUACGAUUACGAAUAUGAAUAAAUAAUCACUGAAGCAAGUUAAAUGGCAUUUUAAAAAAGCAAACGAACAAGAAUUAAGCUAGCCUAAGGUGUUCAAAACUAAUCUGAAGUAAAAACUUACAACUAAAAAUAAAAACAAAAACAAAACUAGGCUCUAAGUGCUGCUGACUCCCGAUAUGAAUCAAAAGAAAUCAAAAACUGUCACUAAAAGGCAUUUACAUUACUAACAAACUGCCAGUAAUACCAAAACAAAUACAAAUACAUAUACAAAAUCGAAAGCCAAAGAGCAAAAUCCAAGCAGAGCAAAA